GGAUAGACGAGGAGUUUCUUCGCUCUCUGUAGGGUCUCCACCUCUCCUCUGUAUUCACUCCAUCUGAGCCUCUCUCCUUGCUUGGCAGAAGUGCUUGCUCUUCCUUCCACGUUUCUCUGCCCUCUUCACGUUCUCUGUCUUUCGCUGUCCGUCCGCGAAGCCUCCACAUUGGAGAUUCUCGAGUUCAAGCGAUCCCUCCUUUUCAUCUUUUCGCCUUUUCAUCUUGCUCCCUUCUCGUUUGCUAAGCACGCUUCUCUCGGUUGAGUGGCCGGCGAGAGUUUCCUUUUUCUGCGUAGUCUUCUCUUCUCUCUCCGUAACCUGUCGAGACGCUGUGAAUCCGAAGGCUGUUAAGAUGUCUGACAGCGAGAGCGAGGGAAGCGCGGCGCAGGUGUGCGAACCGCCGCCUCUGGCGGUUCCGCCGCCUCUGCCGCGAGCGCCGCUUUCUCUCGGGCCGCUUCUGGAGACGCGGCGCCCAGAAGUCUUUCUGCUUCCGCAGUCUCGGCAGACAGUCGUGGCGUUUUCGCGAGCGUACGUCUGCGAGUCGUGUCGCGCAGUGCGGGGUCCCGAAGACCUCUCGGUCGAAAUCGAGUCUUACUUCUGUCCUGCUUGUCUGGACGCGAUGCCCCAGAUCGAGGCUCUCGCCUGCAGCUGCCGCUGCACCAAGUGCUUCGACUGUCCACGCUGCUUCGCCACGCUUGGUGUCGUCCGCGAGCCCCGCUCGGGUGUAGAUACACCCGAGACGCUGGUCGCGGGCGCAGCCCCGAGUCUGGGACCGGAGCGCUGCGACAGUUUGCUCUCGCUGUCGAGCGACGAGGAGACCGAGGGCGGCUCUGCAGCUGCGACGUCUGCGUCGAGUGCAGCGCAGUUCGAUUUCUUCUUCGCAUGUCCUGCAUGCAAGUGGAGUUCGAAGCCGCUGGAGAUGAAGUCCCAGGUCUCGGGCCUGCUGCCGGCCGCAGGGACCGCGGAGGAGCGCGGCGGGCGCGUGCGGCGGAGUUUCUCGCCGCUCUUCGAGGCGCUGCAGGCGGCUGCGCAGGAGCGCGAGCGGACGAGGCAACUUGAAGCCCGCGUGAAGCAUAAGGCAGUCGCGCUGCUUUUCGCGGCGGCUGCAGCCACGGGGAACUUCACCGGACGCGGCCCCCUCGGACGCAUGCAGCGCGACAAGACUUGGCGGGUGGUAGACGUCGAGCAACGAUUGCGGGAGCGCGCCGCGGAGGCCGCAGCCUCAGACGUUUGGGCGCGGCUGCCGCAGGAUGUGCCACAUGCGGCGCAGCGCGUGAGCCUCGCGGAGCUGCUGGCGGGGAAGCACCUGGCGCCGCGGGAGGUGAUCUCCGAGUUCGACUGGAACCGCCGUCUGCAGCAAGAUAUGUUCAGCGAAGACGCAGACGACGAAGACUUCACUGCGGAGGAGACGAAGGCUCUCGAACCGCUUAACGCGAACCAAGUUCUCGUCGAUCGCCGGGGUCCCGACUGCGCCCCCGUGGAGGUCCUCGGCCUCUUGGGGGCCAGCGGCGGUCAACCCAGGGAGCCAGCAGAGGGUGGCGGGGGUGGGGAGAUCGAUGAAAAUGUAGCUCAGGAGGUCGCAAGUGUGGAGCAGCGGCUGCGCAAACCGAACGCGACGGUCGUCGCGGAGACCAGCGGCUCGCUGCUGCACCCCGUGCGCAAGCGGCUGUUGACGAGGCAGUCCCGGCGCUGUCGGACCUGCCAGAAGUUCGUGGUGAAAAGUCAGGUAAGUCCGAACGCCGUGCCACCGCUGCGGUUGAACUCAGCCGCCGCGCUCCUUCUUCCGCGCAUGCAUGCAAAUCUCCGAUCCGGUGCCGUGGCUUUCGAUGGCAUCGUCGACGUCGAACUCGGAGUCCUCAACCCCACGGAGGUGCCCAUGUUCCUCACCUUCCACCUCGCGCACGGCGCGGAAGAAGACGAAGACAUGCCGGGAAAACGCCGGGACGGAGAGGCAACAAAAGACGGGCGAGACGCGGCGGGAGGUGAUGAAAGGAAGGAGAACGCAGAUAAGAAGGGGGCGGAUGCGGAAGGGGCAGGUCAGAACGGGAUGGAUAAGAACGGGGCAGAGGAACCGCAGCGCGAGACAGCGAGGAGAAACUGGCAAACUCUCGACAUUUUGACGAAGAACUUCCAAGUGGCCCUCGAUCCGUACGACGAAAUGCUCGAGGAACUGAACACGGACGUCGGGGAGCUGCGCGCGGACGACGACCCGACGAUCGUCCUAGCGAGAAAGGGAAACGCCGUGCUUCUCAGGCUCCGCGUCCGAGCGAAAAAGUGGGCGCUGCACCAAGUCGCAGCGAGCUGCAUGACGGUUGACGUCUCCGUCGAAGACAGCAGCCCCAUCCGCGCAUGCUACGUACUCAGUCUCGGCAGAAUAGCUUACACUAGUGAAGCCGAGCUCCAGCGCCGCGAGAGCCUCUGAAGACUGAGGUGUACACACAUCGCCGCCGGGUUCAGCGCGGCGACCAGAUUGCUGGGCGGGCGUCUCCGGGCAACCUGAGUCGAGACGUAUUUGCUGGCUUGUUGCAUUCCGGCACGCAGCAGAACCUUUGGGAAGCCAAACCAGUUAAUGUGUAUGCCGUUCCUGUGCAAUUUAACGUCACAGUUAUCUAGUUAUAUCGUAACGAAAUAGUAUUCGAGGGCAGAAGCUUUGCCAAGCCGAGUGCGGAACAUAUCGGGGAGGCGGGGGUGUAAAGGGCACAUGGAGUGGCAGAAUGUGGCCGUGAGGCACUCGCUUGAAGUUCGAUUGAUAUGUCGGAAAAACGGGCACCGAAAUAUACGUUCAUACUUACGAGCAUCUACGGAUCUCUAGAGUGUUGACACGAUGCGCACUAAAAGUCGUGCAGCCACGUCGUAAAGCUGGGUGCAUUUAUCAGAGGCACCCGCUGUCCCGAAGCUAAGAGGGCUGUCCUGGAAAGAUUUCAAUGUAAUGGAUGCAGCUUGGUGUGGAAACGUGUUUUUAGUAGUUCUACUGUUAAGGCAUUUCUACGUGUGUGUCAAGGAAACUAUGAUGCAUGUAAACUGAAACAGAAUCGUAGCACUGGUGAGGCUUGCGGGAACCGAACGCAAAUCUCGA